AAAAAACUUUAUGGAAAAGGAUUAAAGAUACUGUUAAAAUCUUCGUUUUCAAUUUUCUCUGCUCAAGCUUUUUUAUUUUCUUUUUCCUAACGAAAAUGUCGUUAGGGCACAAAAGUUCGGGGAAUCCAGCCGCCAUCCUUUCUUCUCUCAUGAACAAAAGAGAAAAGCUUCAAGACGAGCUUCGCAAUAUCGAAAAGCAGGUUUUUGAGUUAGAAACUAAUUAUUUGCAAGAUUCGAGCCAUUUCGGGCAUGUUUUGAAAGGAUUCGAAGGGUUUCUUUCUUCAUCCAAGAACACGGCAAACUUGAAGAGGUCUAGGAAAUUUCAGCCUGAAGAUAGAUUGUUUUCUUUGUCAUCAGUCACGUCACCAGUGGCUGACGAACUUGGAGUUAGACAAGAUGAUGGAAGAUCUGACUUUGGCUCAGCUCGGUCUAAGGGUGGAGGCUUAGCUGCCAAUGGCCAAGGGAAACAGAAGAAGGGAAGGACCGCCUCAUCAGCAAGAGAUGGAAAGAGAACGAGGCCAUCAAGCGAACAAGAUUUUGAUGAUGAAGAUGACCCUGAUAUGAGCUUGAGAUAAGUUAUAAAACAACCACUUAAAAUGUAAUUUUAAAUGUAGGUUUGUAGGUGUUCUUUUUAUUACAAUUGAAGGGAAUUCUGAGUAUUAGUCUUAGGUAGCCUUGAUGUUGAAAGCAGUCGUUAGGGUAGCUUGUAUUACUUUUUGGAAUGUUGCAAAUCUAGGUGUCAUGUAUCAUGUAUAAUUAUUGUAUAAUUUCCACUUUCCUGUAUCUUGAUUGAUUUCAUUGUAUUAUGUUGUUGAAUAUUCGCAUAGAA